ACAGACAGCCCAGUCAUGGAGGCGAUCUGGCUCUACCAGUUCCGGCUGAUCGUCAUCGGGGACUCCACGGUGGGCAAGUCGUGUCUGAUCCGGCGGUUCACGGAGGGCCGCUUCGCCCAGGUGUCGGACCCCACCGUGGGCGUGGACUUCUUCUCCCGGCUGGUGGAGAUCGAGCCGGGGAAGAGGAUCAAGCUGCAGAUCUGGGACACGGCGGGUCAGGAGCGUUUCAGGUCCAUCACCAGGGCUUACUACCGCAACUCUGUGGGGGGGCUCCUCCUGUUCGACAUCACCAACCGCCGCUCCUUCCAGAACGUCCACGAUUGGCUGGAGGAGGCUCGUAGCCACGUCCAGCCCCACAGCAUCGUCUUCCUAUUGGUCGGCCACAAGUGCGACCUGGAGGCCCAGCGCCAGGUGAGCCGUCAGGAGGCAGAGAAGCUGGCCGGGGCUUACGGGAUGCGCUACAUCGAGACGUCGGCCCGUGACGCCAUCAACGUGGAGCACGCCUUCACCGAGCUGACCAGAGACAUCUUCGCCCUGGUGCGGACCGGCGACAUCACCAUCCAGGAGGGCUGGGAGGGCGUGAAGAGCGGCUUCGUCCCCAACGUGGUUCACUCCUCCGAGGAAGUGACCAAGAGCGACCGCCGCUGUCUCUGUUGAUCUGGAACGAGCUCGACGAUGGGACUGAAGGUGGAAAGGGGAGGACGGACUCGGAGGGGGGGGGGGGGGGGGACUCAAACUGCUGGAAACCCUCUGUUCUUUCUUCAGACUGGAAACAACCAGGGAUUGUUUGAGGAAUUUCAAUGAGAAGAAGGUAGAAGGAGGCAAUGAACACUUUGAACAUGAGUGGACGGCUGAAGAAGACGAUUUAUAAAUAUGUUUUAUCCGUUGGAGAUGAAGGAUCUCAGACCGAGGGCUCCCAUGAUGCAACUCCUCGGAGUCUUAGAAAGGCCUUAGAAAGAAGACUCCAAAGAGAUGAUCGUUCUUUCUCCCAUCAUCUCUUCCACCUCUUCUUCUCCCUCCACUUCUUAACCUUCCCUCCUCCACCAAUAUGCAAUUACAUGAUCACGUACAAAAAAAGACAACCACUUUCGCGUUGUCCAACAUCCUCCGAGCACAUACCAUUCAAAUAAAGUUUAGUCAGCACCUGUAGGUCACAUCUCCCUCGGUAGAAAGAGUUUUGUUUUCUCUCCACAUUCCACGAUCGGAGCUCGACUGAGGAGUCUGAGAUCAAAGGACUGAUUUCCUGCUAAUAGCCUUUAAUCCGUUGCCACUUUAUUUCUCUGUGGAACUUCUGCGGGCUCCAGUGAGCUCGAGGACUUUGACGACAUGGUUACAUCCACUGUCAUUCUGCUAAUUCCAGCACCGACACAAAACACCCGGUUCCUGGAAGGGAAGUGUACAGCUUAACUGACGGAGGUGGAGAACAAGCGUAACAUCUCCUAACUCUUAACUCUCUGGUGUAAGUGGACUAACAGGAACGUUGGAGCCUCCACAGCCACUUUAACUGAGGAUCGUCAUAUGGGACGUUUGAAAGGUGCAAAUAAGCAAACUGGAGAUUAUUUAUUUCUCCGACAGAGGGAGACCAGACCCACGCAGAGGGGGAACUCGACAAACGGUCUCCGACAAGAGCGUCCAGAGGCGUCAAGCCAACACAGGGACGAUACAGGCUGAAAUUCUGUUGUGUAAAAAGUGGUUUACAUGCCUUUUUGGUGUGUGUGCGCACAAAUGUAAUUUCACAGUAGACUUUUACUCUCAGUCGAGUGCAAGCGAGUGUCGCAGGUGAAUGAAAACUCUGGAGAUUCGGUUGAUAAAGCUUCCUGUGGCGUCACAGACUGGUUUUUACUUUUCAACCACAUUUUGACACAGAUGCUAAAAUAAUCAUUUGAGAUGUUUGACUGUUUAAACCACAGUUUUCUGCCUGAGGAGGUUUAGUGUGAGUUACCGUCUAAAGGAGCAGUUUGAAAUGAGCUUAUUCACUUUCUGGUGGGAAGAUGAGUUUCCACCAAACACCCAUAUCGACCGACAGCUCUAUUUCUUUUAUUGCCUCAUAUCCUCCUCACCAGGCUUUGCCCCUCUGUGCCCGACGUAUGAGAGGCGAGAAGAGGAAUUCGUACAUAAAGCAGCAUAUAUGAUCCUAACACUUUAAGGGGACGUGCACAUAUAACGAGGACAUGAAUGCCAGGAAGUGACAGAAGGAGAAGAACCAUUUCCUCGUCUUACGUCGAGCUUAGAUGAGCCAUUUGUUUUAUCUUCGGCCCGAGCCGUUUCUGGUCUUUGUGUUAGGCUACGCUAAGAAGCUGCUGCCUGUAGCGUGAAGCUUCAUGCACAAGUAUGAGAGGGUUUUUCAUUUUCAGAAGAAAGGGAAUAAGCAUAUUUACUCAAGUGUUUCUUCAGCGUUUAGCAUCCGUUUGGAGUUUUAGCCUCAAAUAAAGAAAGUCCCUUUACUGCCAAACUCUGUUAAAAUCUCUGUCUGUGUCCGAGGAGCUUAUCCACCGGCCAUGAUGAUAUAAUAAACUAUAACUGAUAAUCUGAUGAAGUCGAGACCUGACAUGUUGGUGACAAGAUGAAUAAUGAGCCUGAAUGUUUUCGAGCGAAUCACAAAUUGACUUUGCACACAGACACGUUAUUUCAGGGUCAAAAGGAAAACCCAUUGAUUCUGACACAGUGACGGGCGACAUGUCAUCAAGCCUGGAGUCAAACGCAUGUAUCUGCUGGGGGACAACACCAGUGUCCUGCCCUCAGUGUGACCCUUCUUCCACAGGAGCCGCGGUUCAGAAACAAAAGGUUGUUUGUUUUCAGUCCUCUGAGCUGUACAGACUAAAGUGUCCAUCACAGUCCUGGAUCCUGCCGGGUCGCAGCCGACAGUCUCUCUUCCUCUGCUCUAGUUAUCUAUCUACAAACUGAAAUGUACUAAGAAAAUAAAAUGUGACUGGAAAAAGAAA